GGUCGAUCGUCUGCCAACUAAUCAUAUAUCUCCAUACCUGGAAUAAAUUCCUUCGCUCCAAACUACCCCUAUACUAUACUGCAUCAGUGGACCCUUCCUCAUACUCUCUAGGGUCGCUCGCCGCCGACUAUAUACGCGACCCGAUCCUUCCUCAAAAACCUCCCUCUCCGACCUUCAGAUCAUCGGUGUAACAUGUAAGGAUAAGAUGUCGGCGACGCUAUUCCUUGACAAGCCACUUCUCAAAGUCAGUCGACCGGUAGCUGCGUGCUCGCGAUGUCGAACAGCCAAGAUCAAAUGCGACGGGAAGCUUCCUGCCUGCUCCGCAUGUGAAAGAGUGGGCAAAUCCGACACCUGCUCCGGCGCAAGCGACGAGUUCGCCCGGGGCAAAGAACGAAGUUAUGUUGCUUCAUUGGAGGGGUACUGUGAGAGGCUGGAGAAAAAGAUCGCCGAGCUCCGCCAACUCAAGACGUCGCUGUCCGUCGACGACAGGGGCAUCGCACACCAGAACUCGAUCACCUCAAUAACCUCGGCAGAAUCAGCGGUCCACGGUCCGAACAAAGAAGUCUCGGAUAUCGAUGAUCUGGUUGGAGAUUUUGGCUUCCUUUCGGUGAACGCGACCUCCCGCGACUUUCACGGCAUCACGUCAAGUACCUCCUUUGCCAAUCUCCUCCUUUCACUCUCCCUCGCCGACCCCUUACCGAAACGAUCUUUACGACCGCUACCCCCACGCCACGAGAUAACCCACCUCCUUCAACAUUACUUCGAUACCAUCUACAUCCAACUGCCAUUCUUUGCAGAAACAAACUUUUGGACCUCGGUUGAUGCGGUAUAUCAGUCCGGCGGUCGGUUCGCCAAGCCGUUCGACCAUUGGAUAGUACAUACAGUCCUGGCCACCUCCUCUGCAUCAUUAUCAUACGAGUGGGGUGAUGAAAGCCAGCAAGACGCUCUAUCCUAUAUCACCCAGGCACUGCAAAGAGCCGAAGAUGUUCUACGACCAGGAUCCAUCCAAGGGAUCCAGGCGAUCAUGCUUCUCGCGCAGUAUUCAUUAUUUGACCCCAAACACUUCCGCAGUUGGUUCCUGGUCGGGAUGGCUGUGCGAGUCAUGGUCGACCUUGGUCUACAUCAGGACCCUCCGGUAGAGGUCCAAUCCUCGACUAAACACCUCGACCUGCGUCGACGCAUACUCCAUUGUCUUUACUCCUUGGACAGAGGCGCCAGCACUGUCUUUGAACGACCAUUCUCCUUCUCCGACGAAUCCGUCAAUGUCGCCCUCCCCUCCAGCACCACGCCCAGCGAGCAAAACCACCUCUUCCUGCGCAGCUCCGAACCCGCCUGGCACCUGGUCAAGAUCCGACAGAUCCUCUCCGGAGCCUACUCGCGGAACUACUUCCACGAUCACGACAGCUGCCCCGGACCCAGGAAAUCGACCUGGUCUCUGGGCGCGGAGGCGUACCAGUGGUUCGACGCCGCCCCCAGCACCACUCCAAGCCACUUCCCCGUCCUCUACAAACUGGAACUUCUCUACACCGUCGUCAUGAUCCUCUCGUCCAGCGACGAAGCCGCCGCCGGCGAGUACCGCAACGUGGUCCUCUUCGAGCGCUGCAUGCAGUACCUCGGCCAGAUCCAAGAGGCGCUGCGCAAUCCCGCCUGGUCCCCCUUUCUCACCUUCUGGGACAUGCACCGCGCCCUGCAGGCCAUCCGCCGCUUGACCCGCGAACUCGCCGACAAUCACGACCUGGCGCUCAGCCCCUCCGUGCCGGUCUUGCCCCCCGUGCCGCCUGAGACGCCGUCCGCGCUGGUCCUCGACAGCGAAGACUGCCUCAAUUUCUACGCGCGCGCCACCGCCUGCCUGUCAGACAUCCAGUGCAUCCUGCGCUUCGGGCUGCGCAAAUGGGGCACCGACCCCGUCUUUGAGGAGAUGCAGCAGCUGGCGGACUCGAUCCAGGCGCGUCUGAUCUCCUCGCCGGCGCCCUAUUUGUCGGGCUCCGGGGCGUAUGCGCCGGGCUACUCGCCGAUGGUGCCAGCCGGUGCGGGAUACCCCGCGUAUGAUAUCGGGUGAUUUUGCUCUUGGGGGCUGUCUUAUGAUGUAUCAAUGACUUGACGUGAAUGAGGGACAGUAAUCUAUCAGUCUAUGGAUGUUCUAAUGCACUUAUCUACCUCUCUCUACCGGUGCCAUUUAUUCUAGAAGAC